CCGAGGCCGGCGGGCCACCAUGGUGGCAGCACAGCCCUCCCCGCCCGCCGCCCACGCCGCCGCCACCCACGCCGCCACCCUCACGGCCACCGUGGUGAUGACCACGGCCAGCAUGGACCUGCGGGACUGGCUCUUCCUGUGCUACGGGCUCAUCGCCUUCCUGACCGAGGCCAUCGACAGCACCACCUGCCCGUCCGUGUGCCGCUGCGACAACGGCUUCAUCUACUGCAACGACCGGGGGCUCACGGCCGUGCCGCCCGACAUCCCCGACGACGCCACCACGCUCUACCUGCAGAACAACCGCAUCGGCAACGCCGGCAUCCCGCAGGCGCUGCGAGCCAAGGCGCACGUGCGGGUCAUCUACCUGUACGCCAACGCGCUGGACGAGCUGCCCGCCAACCUGCCGCGCUCGCUGCGGGAGCUGCACCUGCAGGACAACAACGUGCGCGCCAUCGCCCGCGCCUCGCUCGCCCGCCUGCCGCUGCUGGAGAAGCUGCACCUGGACGACAACUCCGUGUCCACCGUGAGCAUCGAGGAGGACGCCUUCGCCGACAGCCGCCAGCUGCGGCUGCUCUUCCUGAGCCGCAACCACCUGAGCAGCAUCCCGCCGGGCCUGCCCCGCACGCUCGAGGAGCUCCGGCUGGACGACAACCGCAUCUCCACCAUCCCGCUGCGCGCCUUCCAGGGCCUCGGCAGCCUGCGGCGCCUGGUGCUGGACGGCAACCUGCUGGCCAACCAGCGCAUCGCCGACGACACCUUCAGCCGCCUGCAGAACCUCACCGAGCUCUCGCUGGUGCGCAACUCGCUGGCCGCGCCGCCCCUCAACCUGCCCAGCGCCCACCUGCAGCGCCUCUACCUGCAGGACAACGCCAUCAGCCACAUCCCCGCCAACACGCUGGCCAGGAUGCGGGCCCUGGAGCGCCUGGACCUGUCCAACAACAACCUCACCACGCUGCCCCGCGGCCUCUUCGACGACCUGGACAGCCUGGCCCAGCUCCUGCUGCGCAACAACCCCUGGUUCUGCGGCUGCAGCCUCCUGUGGCUGCGGGACUGGGUGAGGGCGCGGGCGGCCGUGGUCAACGUGCGGGGCCUCAUGUGCCAGGGCCCCGAGCGGGUGCGGGGCAUGGCCAUCAAGGACAUCACCAGCGAGAUGGACGAGUGCUUCGAGCCGGGGGCGCCGGCCGCCGCCGCCCCCGCCCCCAGGACCACGGCCGCCAACCGCGCGGCUGCCACCACGCCCCAGGGCUCGCUCUUCACCCUCAAGGCCAAGCGGCCGGGGCUGCGCCUCCCCGACUCCAGCCUGGACUACCCCAUGGCCACGGGGGACAGCGCCAAGACCCUGGUCAUCCACGUGAAGCCCCUGACGGCCGACUCCAUCCGCAUCACCUGGAAGACCACGCUCCCCGCCUCCUCCUUCCGGCUGAGCUGGCUCCGCCUGGGCCACAGCCCGGCCGUGGGCUCCAUCACGGAGACGCUGGUGCAGGGGGACAAGACGGAGUACCUGCUGACGGCGCUCGAGCCCAAGUCCACCUACAUGAUCUGCCUGGUCACCAUGGAGACCGGCAGCACCUACGUGGCCGACGAGACGCCCGUGUGCGCCAAGGCCGAGACGGCCGACAGCUACGGCCCCGCCACCACGCUCAACCAGGAGCAGAACGCCGACCCCCUGGCCGGCCUGCCCCUGGCGGGCAUCAUCGGAGGGGCCGUGGCCCUCGUCUUCCUCCUCCUGGUCCUGGGGGCCAUCUGCUGGUACGUGCACCGGGCCAGCGAGCUCCUGUCCCGGGAGCGGGCCUACAACCGGGGCAGCAGGAAGAAGGACGACUACAUGGAGUCGGGCACCAAGAAGGACAACUCCAUCCUGGAGAUGCGCGGCCCCGGGCUGCAGAUGCUGCCCAUCAACCCGUACCACGCCAAAGAGGAGUACGUGGUACACACCAUCUUCCCCUCCAACGGCAGCGGGCUCUGCAAGGCCACGCACACCAUCGGCUACGGCACCACGCGGGGCUACCGGGACGGUGGCAUCCCCGACAUCGACUUCUCUUACACCUGACGCCCCGCACAGGCCGCCGCCUCCCCGCAUGGGAG